AACGGCUCGAUAUAAACAAUCAAGCAGUACUUAAAACUGAAAGUAGAAAACAAUCCAAAACAAAUCCAGAACAUCUUCACUAGUCUAGUGGCUAUGGAUUACGACGACUGGCUGUUUGAAUCAAUUAGGCGGUAUGACAAGCUGUCCAUGUAUCAUAUCAAUGGUUUAGUGACUGCGACAGACUGGGUGAAUGCGAAAGGAAUGUUGGUAGCAACAGACAGUGGUACAUCAAGCAAACAUGAGCUCAUGGAGCUACAUCUACCAGACAAGAUCAUUGACGAUGACAUAUCCCUCAGCAAGGACCGAGACUUCCGAGUGGCUAGUGGUUGUUUUACUGACAGGAAAGUUAAUUGUGUGAGGCAUAUUCCUGGUACAAGGAACUGUGUUCUAGCAAAAGAUGGCACAGCAGCUAUUGAAAUGUAUGAGAUGGGGGAUAACUCUUCCAACCUUAUCAAACCAGCACCAGGAAGAGUUAUUUCACUUGAUCAUGAGCAUAACACAGCUGGGAGGAGCGUGAAGAUUUCAAAUUUGCAAGGACGUAAUGCUGUGGUCGGCUACAAUACAGGCGGCCUGAAAAUUGUUGAUGUAGAAACAUUUCAGCUUGUUCACAAUAUGAAGAACCUUGAAGGAAUGGUCCCUCCCACUCAACAAAUUUCAGACAUACACUUGAAUAACAACAGCACAGCAUUUUGUUGUACAGAUAAUGGCACGGUGCUACAGUUUGACAUUCGUGAAAAAUCACAGUGUAGCUGUAAAACUCUAAAAUCUUACAAGCCUGAAUGUCACUGGAGAUUGGCGGUGUCUGAUAAGCAUAUUUGGCUGGCUUCAUCAGCUGGGGAUGUUUUAUGUGCAUGUGUGGAAGACAUGCAGGAUAUACAAAGUCUUAGUAUAGAACAACCAUGGACAACUCACAAGGAUGUUUGCUCACAUCUUUGCAUUCAGAGCAACAAUGAUGGCAGGAAGUUCUCAAUAUCAGGGUUUGACGGCAAUGUGUAUGUGUACCAGAUGGUUGACCAGCACUGCAGACUGGAAUUUGUCCAUGAUGGCCAUGUGAUGAACAGGGAUGACCAAACAGAGAGCAUCUCUGUGCUCCAGCAUGUAUGGUUCCCGGAUUCGCAGGAUCAAGUUGUUUCCAUGGCAACAGAUGGUUCACUACAUGCUUGGAAACAUAGAUGAAAUAAAUAAGAUAAAAUUGUAUUUUCUGUGUUGAACACCAUAGCACUAUAUACCAAUAUAUUCAAGGGGUUUCCAACGUGAUAAAUGCCUCUCUAUCACAAAUCCAUCACAAACCAACUCCGGUCAGCACUGAUCAAUUAAGGGCUAUUUCAUUUAAACAUAUAACCACCAGGGGGGAGGUAUUUUUAAACUUUACCACCCCCAUACUCAAGCAAUUAUAACUUUUUGGGUCCAAAUUAGCGAAAAACGACACCCACCCAUAUACUGUUUAAAUAAUUGCCUCCCCCCGUAGGUUUUAUGUUUUUACUGGAAUAGCCCUAAGUUAAGCUCACUUUUUUUGUUUUGAUAUAAUUUGUGUAGCGCUUACAUAAUCAAGAUAUUUGGACUUCAGAAGGAAGUUACCUUCAUGAUUAUCACAAUAAGCUAAUUUAUUUUUAGCAAAAUGAAGAUAUGUCAGAAAUUUAGCUUGAUGAAAUAAGCUACUGAAGCUUGUUAUGCUUUAGAACUUGCAAGAAAUUGGGGCGAUCCGCUGUUAAUUUCAGUAGGUCUACAAAGUGACGUCAUGGUCAGAAAGCACUUUGAUUGGUUGUAUGUAAAUUUUGUUUCAAGCACUGAUUUAUAAAAAAUACAAACAAACAUAAAAUUGCA